UGUAAUUCCAAAACAAACAAGUUGAAACUUAUAUUUUUGUUUGUUUACACGUUGUUGUUUGAUUUGUUUUCUUGGCUCUUCGGGUGGGGGGUAAAUAUGAGACGUAUAAAAGAUACUGCCGAAAGAAAAAGGAUUCAACGACUUAGAGCUUUAUUCAAGAAAGCUGUACGAAUUGUGAGCCUGAACAAUCAUUGGGUGGAAACUGAACACGAUGAUGAUCAAAAGUUUUCCUUCAAUGUUCAGAGAAAUGUAUCCUUUCUUGUGAGAACUAAUCGACGUAAAGCGGGCUUACUUACAUCAGCGGAAAAGACUCUAAUUCGCAUUCCCCAUAAAUUUCGUACGAUACCGGAAAGAAAAAAGCUGUGCUCUUUGUUUAGUAAAUUCAGGUGUUUCGUCGGAAUUUCACCUAAGCUUCGAGCUCGUUUAGUUCCACUCGUGAGAUUGUUGCCCCUUCAACCUGGCCGCAUUGUUAUAAGACAUGGAGACUUUCCAAUGACAGUUUAUUUUAUUUUGGUCGGAGAAUUACACAUGCUAAGGGGCAAAACAGGCAAUGAGGUUGUUGCUGUGUAUGGACCUGGAGAAAGAGUUGGAGGAGCUGAACUAUUGGAAAACCGCGAAAGAACUCGUACCUUCAGGACUGCCAGCUACUGCGAGCUCCUGGUUCUUUUCGACUAUGAUUUCGAUGCGAUACUCCGGACACAGAUGACUAAGACCUGGGAGGAGAAGAAACGGGCCAUCAAGGCACUGGACUAUUUCGAAUUUCUCGAUAAUGACCAGUUAAUAGAAGCUUGUCGAUUUGGAAGCCUCAAGCAGUACAAUCCACUUGAAACCAUAUACUUUGAGGACAAAGGAAACGUCUCCAAAGUUCAUUUUGUACUCAGUGGCCAAUGUAUUAUACUCCAAUGCCUGACUGUUGAGAAUGUAGUAAAAAAGGGGAAAAAAGUGCUACAACUAUCAGCUGUGGACUCUGAUUCAUCAAACAUAUUUAAAACUGAUCAUAGAUCCACUUUCACGACUCAGAGUGGUAGAAUUAUGGAAGCAGGUUCCAAUUUUUCAAUAACUGAUCUUGUGGAGAGUUCAAGCUCCUCAGACGAGGCGAAGAAGAAACACUCUUCGAGAUAUACAAAUAGCUUUGAAAGUCGUUUCAUUGAUGUCGGAACUCUGACUUUCGGGGCUAUAUUUGGCCUAGGCGAAAACAUGACCCAUCGGGUCAUAAUGGCGAAAACUAUAGUUCAGUGCUUGACUCUUCCCAGAUUCUUUUUGCUGGACACCAAGCAAAAUCCGGGAAAUAUUUGGGAGCGCCGGUUACUUUACAUAAACACCAUGAUUCCCACAAGGCAGGAACUUUUCGAACACUUGCUCCGCACCCAGGAAUGGAAGAAGUUCAAAAACGAUUUUAUUCACGAAUCUGUGAAGAAUUCGGAAGUUAAUUGUGCCGACAUAAAGGAUGUCCCCAUCAUUUGCCGAAUUAUGGAAAAAGAUGAAGAUAUUAAUUAGUUUAAAAACUA